GGGACCUACCGGUCGGCAAAUGUUGACGAUCCAAUCGCCGCAAAACCAACCGAUUGCCGCAAUUCCACCAAUAACGCUUCAACCGGGCCAAGGCAUCCCCAUACCGACGUCCCAGGUGUUGCAGCAGCAACGAUUCAUGCAACCCGUCACCCAGAUUCAGCUGCAGCAAAUAACGCCAACCACCACGCUCAAGCAGGUGCAAACGAUUGGGCCACAGUCGGGUGAGACGGAAUUUCGCGAAAGUGCCCGUAUGUUAGUUAUUCUGCAGAGUGGCGAGCAGCGAUUGAUAACGUUCACGCUGCCGAAGGAAAGCUGUACCGUGCAGGAUCUGCUCGAGCAGGUACAGGUACAGUACUCGCCGGACAGUAAUAUCCAGUGCAUUUCCAAUCCGGGCGGCGAUGUGGAUUACAUUGUAACGGUCGGGAUUGGUGAAUCGGAAACGGCGGAAGUGAUUAGGCAGGCGGAAAUUACACUGAGGAGUCAAUCGAUUCAGCUGCAUCAUCAUACACUUCAAUCGCAGCCUUUAAUGCAGCAACAGCAGCAGCAGCCUCCGCCACAGCAACCGACGAUGAUGCAACAGACCACGUGCGUUAUUCAACAACAGCAACCCCAACAACAACAGCAACAAACGAUGAUGAUCACCGUGCAUCCAAACACGCAACAAGUACCACAGCAACAGCAGCAAGUUCUUACCCGGUUUUCCGAUUCGUACCGGCAAACGAUUGCUCUCAGCACCGGCGGUACGCCGGUUUCGGUCACGACCUCGUCCCACAUGCAAUCGCUUCUACAAACCACCGCCCCUCAGGACACCAAUCCGGAGGUAAAGCAAAAGAUCGUUAAAGGCUUCCUGGCCGUCUGUGCGUCCUGCGGAUACACCGGGCUGGAUCACGCGAAAUGCCAGCGUUGUAAGCGCGUUUUCACCGAAGCACCACGUCGCAUACCGGAGCCAGAAAAAACAGCCGGGACACCUACGGGCGGCAAUAAUCAUCCACCACCGCUCAUACCGAACGCCACUUCAACCCCGAUGGUUGGUGCCGUCCGGAAGUAUGACAUCUAUGGCAAGAAGCAAGCCAUUCUGUUGCGCACUAGUGGUCGUGGUGGUUCGGUACGUUCCGGUCGAGGUAGAGCGGGACGGGGAGCUGUCGCAACAAAGUACCAGGACAUUGAGCCGCCCGUAUUUACGCUGAGCAGUGACGAUGAUGAGGAUGCGUCGUUGAACGAUCGGUCGAAAACGAUCUACAAAACAGCGAUCGGUAACUCGUCGAAGGUUAACGUUUCCCAGCUGCCAGUGAAACGGGAACCGCUUCCGUGUGAACCUGUAACUAGUGAAAUCGAUACUAGCGUCGUUACAGCAAACGACAAACCUCGCUUGGAUAUUACGGACGUGAAGAAUCUUCCGAACGGGCAAAUCACACAAAUCGACUGCAAUACUAUACGGCUCGGAACAUUAAAAUAUGAGGCGAAUGAGAAGGUUACGAUUUCGUCCAAAGGGGUCCGCAUUGUCGCACCGAAUGUGAAGCGUCCGGCCGAGUUUGUUAGUUUGGAUCUUCAAAUGAACGAAAUGAAAAAAGUGCUGACACAUUUCUCCAAAGCACUGAACGUGAUCUUCCUCUAUACGAACAAUUCGGGCGGUGCGUAUGUGCGGAAACAUCUCGAAAUGGACAUCAGCUCGGAUAAACUUCCCUGCUUCCGACCGGAACUCGUAUCGAACGAUCCAACAAAGCGCAUCACACUGCUGAUGGACAGCAUAAGUGAGGAAGCCAAGUCCAUCAUCAAGAACAUCUUCCAAACGAACCUGCUGGAGGAGAUCAAUAUUCGUGACGCGAAGGAGUUGCUGCUUCGCUGUUCCCCGAGCCGAUCGCUGAACACGUCCAGUUCGAACGCAACGGCAGAAGCGAACGGUACGAACGAUAUGCUCGAUGAGAUGGAAAUUCGCAAACUGUUAAUCUAUCCGCCCGGGAAGGGUGGCAUUCCGAUCAACACCGAAGACUAUCUGUGUUUGGCGAAGGAUCAGUACUUGAACGAUAUUAUUAUCGAUUUCUAUCUCAACUAUCUGAAGCUGGAAGUGCUGGACAAGGAGGAUCGGCAGCAUGUGCACAUUUUCAGUACAUUUUUCUACAAUCGGCUCACGACACUGACGACCCGCCAGCAUCGAGCUCCGCCGGGCGAAGGGAAGGACGUGCGGUUGUCCGCUGCUCAGAAACGGCAUGCGCGCGUUGCCAACUGGACGAAAAGGGAUAACAUAUUCGAGAAAAAGUACAUUAUCAUUCCAAUCAACGAGCAGUCGCACUGGUUUCUGGCGAUCAUUUGCUUCCCCAACCUGGAAUCCCCCGUAGCGAUCGGUGGUGGCAGUGAAGGGACUGCUUCCGCUAACGUUUCGGGUGCAGGCAAAUCGAAAGGUACAGCAUCAUCCCGUUCGAGGCGUGGUGGCGUACUCGAAGGUACGGCACUAACGAUCGGUAGCACGACGAUAACACCCGUUACACCGGGUAGGCGUGUUCCGUUGGAAAUAGAACCGAUCCAUCUCGCCGAUGAAGACAUUUGCGAGCGGGACGAAGCGGACGGUGAUGAAAGUGAGCUGGCAAGCAAUGGCGAUGACAGUGAGGAGGAAUCGGCGGAAGAUGUACGACAACCAAUCAAGCAACCUUGUAUAUUAAUAUUCGAUUCACUGCCGGGUGCAUCGAGAAGCCGCGUGGUCGCCACACUGCGUGACUAUCUGACGUGCGAGUAUCGGGCAAAAAUGCCCGAUAAGGCGCCGAAACAGUUUAACAAACUCAACAUGCCCGGACAUUGCGUGAAGGUACCGCAGCAAGACAAUUACACCGACUGCGGACUGUAUCUGUUGCAGUACGUCGAGCACUUUUUCCUUAAACCCAUUGUCGAUUAUCAUCUACCGAUUAAACAUCUGCAAAAGUGGUUCGAAACGAUCGUUGUGACAAAAAAGCGGGAGGAUAUUUGCAACUUGAUCAAAGAUCUAAUCGAGAAACAUGAUCCCAGCGUCCUGCCACUGCCACCGAUUGAGCUACCGACGCUGAAUGGUAAAUUAAUAUGCGACCCCUCCGAAAGUGCAAACGAACCCGAGUUUGAGGAAGAGGAAAUGGAGGAUGAGUUUGUGAGCGCAUUCGACGUGACACCGGACGAAGACGAUUUGGCACACUCCUUGGCGGGUACGGGCAGCCCAACCGAAUCAAAGACCGAAACUAACAAUACUACCAACACCUCCACCACCAACACCACCACCACCACCACCACCCUGAAGCCGGUUGGUUCGAAGAAAACCAUUCACUUCAAGCGCAUCGGUGGCCAGUCACUCAUCAAUCGAUCAGCGAACAACAACAGCAGCUUGCUCGAUGGCAGUACCAAUACGGACAGCUCAACAAACGCGAACAGCAGCGGUAGCAACAAUGGCAACAACGGUACGCUCAGCACAAAACGUCCUUUGGGUGGAAAUAGUGGUAAUAAGCAGCAACAGCAACACCAAGACAGUGUACGGCAAAAAAUACCACGUCUUAACAGUGAUGGCGGUAGCAAAGUAGCAACGUCGCAGCUAUAG